AUGAUUGUCCAUCACAAUCAGUUGAAGAGAUUCUACGAGACCACGGGAUCGCAAGAGGAACCUGUACAAUCGGAACAAAUUUCUGAACAACUCGUAGCCAAUAAUGGUGAUGUUAUCUCGUGUUGUUAUGUUGUGAUACAGUUGAAAGCAGGAGCGAUGUUGUCACUGUUGGCGAUGUUGUCACCAGGUGCGGAUGACUAACACAAGAUACGACAACGACAACUCGAACCUGUGGUUUUGGAGCCUGAAGGAAGACCUCAACGACAACGUAGACCACCUGCCUGGCUUGUUCCGUAUGAAAUUAAUAUUUAACCUGUGGGACACAGUUUAGUUUUGAGGAAGGAUAGUGUAAGGACUAAGAACAAAUGAGUAAUGACUGGGACAUGCGCAUUACGACGGUGUUUUGUUGGCGCUUGUCGUGUGAUUCUUGUAGAUAUAUUUUGCUACUUUAUAUUGUUCUCAAUAAGUAUAUAACCAUAUUGUACAAUAUUAAUAAUUAAUAAUCAAGUAGUAUUUUACAGAGAAGUAGGUACUUGCUAACUGUAAUAAUCGAGAGGCUAAUCUAGACAGUUAGUAUAGGCCUUAGUACGCCUUAUUACGCGUUUCUGCAUAUUAUUGAGGUGACGGCUCCUGACGUCACGGAAAUGAAAGGUUUGCACAGAGGACUAGGGACUACUCUGGUACAAACGGAUCAAAAUAGGCAAAAUCGCCAAAGUCCUUGAAGAUCAAAUUUUCAAAUUAUAAAAUACAUUACGGGAAUGGGUUAGACGACUAAAGAGGGAGAUCUGAUUGGCUUCUCAGAGAACUGCUAUUUCGUAGAAGUUGAGCAGUUUUUCGCUAGGCAAAAUUAUUCUAUCAACAUAUGUCAACACAAACACUUUGCUUCUUCGUAAUACUUCACUGUAAAAAUUGUUACGGGUGCUAAAGCGCCCAAUUCAAGAGCACGCGCUUUAGAAACUACUGCAAGUUUUCUUGCACUUCCGGUUCCAUGUGCCUAGGGAAGACGCGCGCUGACGAGAGGCCCUGGGAACGAGGAUGAGCCGUGCAUGGUUUAUUUUCGCGGCAGUCAAUUCUGAUUCGCUAAGAGCAGUGCAAUUAUUUCUGAAACAACGCAUUGUGCAAUUACUGCAUUGCAAUUAACGAAACAGGAGCAGAACCCGGAAACGAUGCAGGAAAAUCAACAUGGCCACAGAACUUAGAACCGGAACAGCCCAUAACUUAACGGAUCGCGCAGGAUAGAUUGGAUCGCGUCGAAUGCAAUUCAAGCAAUAGAUAAUGAAGCUUAAUGAGGUUUAUCAUCUCAUUAUCUAUUGUUUAUCAUCUCAUUAUCUAUUGUCUUAAUUGCAUUCGACGCGACCACAAUUCGACGUAUAAAACAGACUUUAGCCAGCUGGUAUGUAGUUUAUAUCCCGUAUGCAAAUUUUGGUUGGACUUAAUCUCUCUAAUCCCUUAAUUAAUUAAUUUCAACUUACCAACACAUAGCAACAGCUAAUAUUGUUUAAUUACCCUAUAUUCUCGAUUUUUGUCCCUGCUCGGAAACCACUAUAAAACAACGUGUUUACCACGAUACGCUUUACUAACGUAUUUCUAUGAAAUCUUUUCCAAGCGAAUAGCCACAUGUGUAGGCUAACGCCUGUAUUCUAAAAGUUCACUCCCACUCAAUGAGUGGAGGUUCAAUUUGAGCUUCUCUUGAGUGUCAAUGCUGUUUUUGAAUAGCUGGAAGGUGAGUAGUCACAUAGUAAGGUGCGACACAAAACCUCCAGCUAUUCAAAAACAGCAAUGACACUCGAGAGAAGCUCAGAUUGAACUUCCACUCAAUGAGUAUGAGUGAGCUUUUAGAAUACGGGCCUAAGACUAUUUUCUGCUAUGCAUUAAUUUCGUCAAAAAAAAGUUUGCCAUGUGAGGGCCAACGGAUUCGUCCACCUUAAAGUAGUAAAAGACAUAUUUAUAACGGAUAAAUUAUGCGCCCUCAGACUCGCCUAAGAAUGUUAAGCUCAGCAAAAGUAUUGCCUCUUCGCCCAAACUCGCCUUGCAUAUCAUUAUGACGUCAUGCAGAUAUUAUCACGUCGUGCAUACGCAUUCCAUACUGAACCCCUCGCGCCACCUCAUUUUAUGCUAAUGAUGAUGCACUUUCUUGCGCACCCUCAAAAAUUACGGGUCGAACGGUCGGUUAAUUUCUACUUAUAUAUAAUAACUUAUCUUUCUAUAUUUGAUUUAUAUAUUUAUGUAUUUCCAGGACUGCAAGAGACGGUGUUUGCUUUGGGUACUGAAAGUGGCUCAGCUCUUUUGGGAGUUCUUUUCAGCGCCUUGGGAAUACGGACGACAUUACUUAUUUACUCGCUGAAUUCAGGAGUCAUUCUUGUAAUUUUACUUCUGUAUAUUCGCUUUUCAAAACGUGUUGAUGAUUAUGAAAAACUGCCUCAGGACACUGAUGAAGAAUGA